GCAGACAGUGUCGACAGUCAGACACUCAGAGGGACUUGGCUCUCCUUUUGAAGACUGCUCAUCUGUUUUCCACUUCUCAGAGAACUGUCAACCUUUACCACUGCAAAGAUCAUGAGGAAGGCAUACUCAGUCACAAGCUCCGGUGGCAGCACCAGGAGAUCCUUUGCACCAACUAGCAGCUUCUCAAACAGAUCCUCUUUUAAUGUUGGUGGAGUUGGAGCUGGUUACGGUAUGUCUUCAAUGGGUGGUAGUUAUGGCUUUGGUUCUAGCCAAGCAAGCAUUGCUCCACAGAUCACCGCUGUCCAAGUCAACCGGAGCCUGCUGGCUCCUCUGAACCUGGAAAUUGACCCAUCCAUCCAAGCUGUCCGCACCCAGGAGAAGGAGCAGAUUAAGACCCUCAACAACCGAUUUGCCUCCUUCAUCGACAAGGUUCGUUUCCUCGAGCAGCAUAACAAGAUGCUGGAAACCAAAUGGAGGCUCCUGCAGGACCAAACCACCACCCCCUCCAACAUCGACGGUAUGUUUGAGGCCUACAUUGCAAACCUGCGCAGACAGCUCGACGGGCUGGGCCACGAGAAGUCCAAGCUGGAUAGGGAGCUGGGGAAUAUGCAGGGCCUGGUUGAGGAGUUUAAGGGAAAGUAUGAUGAGGAAAUCAACAAACGUGCAACUGCAGAGAACGAGUUUGUGCUCUUGAAGAAGGAUGUUGAUGCUGCCUACAUAAAUAAGGUGGAGCUGGAGGCAAAAGCUGAUGCUCUUCAGGAUGAGAUCAACUUCCUCAGGGCCGUCUAUGAGGCCGAGCUUCGGGAACUGCAGGGCCAGAUCAAGGAUACCUCCGUCGUCGUGGAGAUGGACAACAGCCGUAACCUGGACAUGGACUCUAUAGUGGCUGAAGUGCGUGCUCAGUAUGAGGACAUCGCAAACCGCAGCAAGGCUGAAGCAGAGACCUGGUACAAGCAGAAGUAUGAGGAGAUAAAGAGCUCCGCUGGACAGUAUGGGGAAGACCUACGCUCAACCAAGGCUGAGAUUUCAGAAAUAAACCGCAUGAUUCCCCGUCUUCAGAAUGAGAUUGAGGCCAUCAAAGAACAGCGGACCAGUCUUGAGAAACAGAUCUUAGAGGCUGAGGGGCGUGGUGACCAGGCAGUAAAGGAUGCCAAGCUAUCUAUCACAAAGCUGGAGGGUGCACUGCAGCGAGCUAAGCAGGACAUGGCCCGCCAGGUGCGCGAGUACCAGGACCUGAUGAAUGUCAAGUUGGCCCUGGACAUCGAAAUUGCAACCUACAGGAAACUGCUGGAAGGAGAAGAGAGCAGACUGAACAGCGGAGGUUCAAAUGCAACCAUCCUUUUCCAGCAGACCUCUGGAGGAUGCUCCAGCUCCAGCUCCGGUGCUGGGUUUGGCUUCGGUGGCAGCAGUCUGUCUGGUGGAUAUGGUGGUACUAUUACCAAGACCAGCACCUCAUCAACCAGUUCCAGGAGAUUCCAUUGAAAGGAGAGCCAUCCCUCUUCCCCCUCGGAAACCCCUUCAGUUUGAUCUAAAUCUGUACCCCUCAUGGUGCUAUGAUAUAAUAUUAAGGAAGACCAACAUGGCCUACGACAAACAAUGGCCCUGUCAGUUCUGCACUGAUCAAGAAAUACACAAAAAUAUAUUUAUAUCUUUACAUUGUAUGAAGGUUAAAGCAACUUACAUCAAAUGAAACUGGAAGAAAAUAAAUCUGAGGACUAAAAUAUCAUUUUCAUUUUUCUUACAAUAAUCACAACCAAAAUAUGAGUAGGUUCUUAAGAUGGUUCUAAAUACGUACGUAAAUACUCUGGAAAUUUCCACCUGUAGAUUUCACAUGAGGGCAGUGCUGUGCCACUUUUUUUACAACUCACUUGCUCCUUGGAGUGCUGUCCAGGAGAUGUGCAAGCUCAGAUCCCUUAAAGACCCACCGUCAUUAUAGUUUAAUCAUUAAGUGUUUAAUCAUUAAGUGUUUAAACAAGUUUGAAUUAAUUUGAGUAUUAGAAAGAUGAAAAUGUAAGAAAGUGUUUUUCUCUUUUUACUCUGUCUCUUUGUCUCUCUAUACACCUAGUUGUUGAUGAUUAACUGUAAAAAAUGCUUCUCUCAUAUUAAUAUUAA